CUCCGGCGGAGGCGGCCCCAAGCACGGAGCGCAGACCUCGGGCUCCCCAAAGGCUCGGGCGUCCCCUUUCAGAGGCUCGGGCGCUCUGGGCGCUUGUCCUUGAAGAAACUCCUGCUGUUGCGCUCACCCUGCUUCAAGGUGGACAUCUGGAACUUGCUACAGCAGCUCGGCGGCUGUGGCCCGCACCCGUGGCGGUCACGGAAACUCACGCCGCUGGACUCCGCUAAGCAGAUGCAUCAGAUAGACGAGGUGCUUCCCUUUCGGCCACCUGCUUGUCUGAUUCUUUUUUUUUUCCCUUUCCUAGGCAUCGCUCUGUUCUUCCGAGAAUAACUGCAAGAACUCUGAUCAAUGUCCUCAGAACAUGUCUAAUUGGACAAAUCUGUGGUAUGUCUGGUUAAUCUUGCUGGGUGUAUUCCUGCUCCUGCUCUGUGGGAUCACAGCAAGCUGCAUCAAAUUCUGCUGCCGGAAGAAGAGGCCUCCCGUUGAGACCUUCUCUAGGCACCCUUAUGAUUUGACAGUUAUUGCUAUUGACGGUGACAGCACUGCCCAUAGCACAGUGACCUCCUAUAGCUCGUUGCAGUACCCUCUAAGUGCUCCUAUUAAUUCGAUAUUUGUGGAUAUGGAUAAGAACACUGUGUCCCCUCCAGCUUACAGUCUCUAUGCAAUGGAGUUGCCACCUUCUUAUGAUGAAGCUGUCCAAAUGGGUAAACAACACAUUGAAGUAGCACAGAUAAGCCAGAAACUCAAUGACAUCCCUGGACAGGUGACACCAGGUGGGCUGAGUCCCAUCCAGUAUUCACCUGAUACAAUCAACAGAGAUCCAGCAACACAGGCAAAUUCAGAAAAUUCAGAAGAUGCAACGCAAGAACAGCCGCAGCUCUGACUUAUUUCAGAUGGGGAGUAGAGGAAGGGAAGGACUGUAAGAGUUAAAGAAGACAUGAAGAGUUUGGUUUUAUAAGCAGGUUAUGAUAGAAAGAUGUUUCCUCUCACACCCUUGUAAUGAUCUGUCGGUUAGAAGAAAUGUUUUCUGUGACUGCUGUAAUCUCCUGGUAAAGCUUCUUCAAGGAUAUGAAAUGAAGUAAAAGGGCAGCAGUUUAAAAAUGCCUGCAGAAGUGGGACAUGAAUGCUUGUUCAUCUGAUUAAAAAAAAUAUAUUCCUUGUGUCCAGCAUAUGGCAAUAAAAAAGGCCAGGGGAAUUUUGCCGUCUUGGGAACACACAUGAAGAGUCAGAACAGUACAAACAGAAGCUUCCCAAACUGGAGUUGAAAGGGGAAUCCUAGCAAGUCACACUGAAUAGCCUCUGUAGUUUCUCUUCUGUUGAGAACGUUAACUGUUCAGCAAAUUGCUGGAGCGCAAACUGCUACAUAAUGGCACAUGUUCCUUAAACUGCAGGAAGAUGGCAAACGAGGACAGGAAAGUGUGUGGAGGGAAAUGCAUUAUGUUAUGUUUCACAACUAGAGACGAGGAAUGAGAGAGAUAAGAAAAGAUACUUUUUGUUGUUGUUGUUGGUCAUGAGACCUGAAGGGAUUGUUUUUGAGUUUUUUUAAAUCUUUAAACUUCUAUUUUCAAGAUGAGCUGGCUUGUGGGUGGGAUCCUUUUGCUACUAAUUUUUGCCAGUUAAAGUACAUAUUAGUCUCAAAGAGACACGUGCAUACAUGGUUAAGUAUUACUAAUGUGUUUCAAAUAUUCAUCAAAUAUUUCAAAGAUGUCUUUAUACUUUGUUAUCUGGUCAGGCGUCAGGGUCUCAGUCAGUACAGAAAAGAAAAAAAUCAAAGAUUCCUGGUAGCUUUUGCCAGUUUAGUACAUAGAUGAGCUCAGUAAUGUGCAGGAUAAAACAAAGCAUGCUCUAGCUAUGCCAUCUAGAAUAAAUUAUAAAUACAAAAUAACAUAGUACAGGCUGGACAAUAGUCCAAAGAAAUUACUGCUAUGCAUCAUUUUAAAACUGGGAGCUUGGAGUUGAUUACAGCUGUCUCAGCCCAAACAAAAAUAUGGGCUAUGAGAGGCCUUUUUUUAAAUGACAGCUCUUUCCCUUUCUUGCCCCUCCCAUAUUCCAAAUAGUAUGAAUUUUGUCCACUCCUGAGUAGUGAUUUUCUUUGAAUCCACUUUAGCGAGGUGCUAAUUUGGCUACCUUUAAGAACAGGAGCAAUCUACAGGAUUGUUCAUUGCUAUGGGAUUAUCUACGGGAUAAGAGCAGGAAUGAAAGCAUGAGCACUAGGUGCUGUUAACGAAUGUAACAUAAAGUGUGGAGUGCUAGGUCAGAGUUAAUGUUGACUGACCUUCUACUAACAAGAAUAUGACUGAUGGUCUUCAUUUUCACUGAAGUUGCUUUGGUAGCUGUGAAAAGGGGCUAACUUCUGCAAAUAUUUAUUUGUCUGUCAUUAAUAAGCAGUAGAAGUGGUGGGCACAAAAUCUUGCACAGCUUUUAGAAGACUCUUCUCCUACAGCCAUUACUGCAAGAACUAUCCUGGAAAUGAGCACAAAUUAUUUAAAAAUUAAGAUCUCUCUGCCAGCCAACAUGACUGAGACUAGAAUCUCUGCUACACGUUCAUGGUGUGUGAGCUGUUCAUGAGUCCGGCUCCAUAGAGUAGUGUUGGUUCUAUAUUUAACUUGCACAUAGCUUACUAUGAGGGUUGCAGGGAAAGAUUGGUUUAAUAAAUCUGCUUCUCUUCUGUCUC